UUUUUACGUAAAUAUUAAAGUGCCUAUGACACGAAAUUUCACCCCAAAUGUUUAUGAUUGCAUUGUAAAGAUCACUUGAAAUAACUUAAUAAUUUCUUUUAUAGAAUUUUGGUAACUUGCUUCCUUUGCAAGAUAUUCAACUUUGUUUAAAAUGCAAAUAUCACCGGUGUGACAUCACAUAGCAUAAUGAGAUUUUGAAAACGCAAUAUUUUACCUUGAUAAAAUAUUUUUACAAACAAAUACAGAGGGUUAAUGACCAGUUAUGAAACAAAUACAUAUACAAGGGCAAUUUUUAAGUUUUAUAGAUACGUAUUCAUCAAGAAAACUAUACUUUUCUGAAAACUCAUUAUGUGAUGUGAUGUCACACCGGUGAUAUUUGCAUACGAAACAAAGUUGAAUAUCUUGAAAAGGAAGCAAGUUACCAAAAUUCUAUAAAAGAAAUUAUUAACUGAUUUUAAGUGAUCUUUACAAUACAACCAUAAACCUUUGGGGUGAAAUUUCGUGUCAUAGGCACUUUAAGGGUUGCCGUAAUUGGGGGAACUGUGGCGAACUCCCUAUUUCAUAAAAUUGUUCAAGUACAUUUCUAUCAUAAAGCUGACGUCAACAACGUCUCAUAACUUUGUAUCAUUCUGAUGGUUCUACAACAUAGGUGUGAUAUCUUAAGGUUGAUAAUGGCGGCACGCAUAUGUGUUGCAGUUGUAGUUCUGUCUUUAUUGCUCCUCUAUGUUGUUAAAUAUUAAUCUAAUUCAACUAUUACUGAAAUGGAACGUGGAUUUAUUGUUUGUCAGGAGGUAUGCUGUUUACCGAGUGAAAUAUUUUCACAGGCAAUUAAACUACUAUGCAAACUGUACAUCUUCAUUUAAUCCUUCUUUGGAGAUCAUAACUCUGAGUGAAGAUGUACAUCCCCAACCAGGUCCAGGCACUAAGACAUUUUAUAGGACAAUAAAAUGCUUAUACAUGAAUGCCAGAAGCAUAGUCGGUAAGAUUACUGAGUUGCAAGCCACAGUCACUGACUUUGAUUGUGUGUUUAUUACUGAAACAUGGCUUAAACCACAUAUACUUGAUUGUGAACUUCUGCCUGGUCUGGAUUUUACCAUCUACCGACAAGAUCGAGAUAUAAGAGCAGGUGGAGGUGUUAUGCUUGCUGUUAAAAAAAUAUACAAAGUUUUCGUCGGCCUGACCUUGAGUAGAGUGCCGAAGUACUGGUGUGUGAAUUGCGCCCCGAAGGAAAACGUAAAAUCUUGGCAGUUGUAUUUUACAGACCACCAGAUACUGACUUAGACUACUUGAAGGAAUUAAAGAAAAGUUUACUCUAAUGCUUCUAGACUUAACUUUGACAAAAUGCUUAUCUGUGGUGACUUUAAUCUGCCUAAUGUGAACUGGUCAACCUGUACGGCCAACUCUAGUGAUUCCCUACACAACUAUUUUGCAAAGCUAGUCAAGGAUAAUUUUUUGUGGCAAAUGAUUGGCUUUCCUACGAGGAAGGACACUAUUUUGGACUUAAUUCUCACGAAUUUUCCAGAGAAAAUAGUAAAUGUCCAUGGUUUUGAUUAUUUGAUUUUUACCGACCACAAAUUGAUCAGUUUUGACAUUGAUAUGUGUAUUCCAAAGAAACUUGAAACAAAGUGCGUUGUUUAUAAGUUCAAAAUGCAGAUUGGGAGGGUCUAGCUGAAGCACUCCGUAAUGUCCCUUGGGAUCUGUGCUUUGAAUUUGAUGAUGUUAGUCAGACUGCCUCAAACUGGUGCGAUGUAUUAUAUCGUCAGUAGAUGACUAUAUACCCAAAUGUACGAUCAAGAGCUCAAAACGUCACACCUAGAUUGAUAAUGAAGCUUUGUCAUUAAUUAAGAAGAAAAAUGCAGUGCGAAGGAAAGCAGUAAAAACUGGUUUGGCAGCUGAUUGGCAGAAAUUUAAAGACCUGAGAUGUUCUGUCAAACAGCUUCUUAUGCAAAAGAGAACUGACUACACACAUAAACUUGACGAAUCUUUGGCAGAAAACCCGAAACGCUUCUGGUUUUUGUAAAAUCUAAAACAAGAGUCAAUGCAAUGCCUAAUUUUCUUUGUGAUGGGAACGAUUUGUUACCGACUACACAGCCAAAGAAACUUAUUGAAUAAGUUUUUCACUCAGUGUUUAAUUCUGCUGAGACAGAUGUAUGGGACAGCUUUUCCAACUUUUAUGACAACUCUGCCUUAGAUUCGCAUGAUAUACUUUCUAAUGUUGAGAUAACUGUUUCUGAAGUUAUUAGUGAACUAAAUAAUAUAAAUCCAACAAAGUCGAGUGGCCCUGACAAUAUUCCAGGAAUACUUCUAAAAAACACUGCCGAAGCAAUCACUCCAUCACUUUGUCGAGUAUUUAAUACGUCUCUGGGUCAUGUAGCCAUGAUUUGGAAAAGAGCUAACAUUUUGCCUGUAUUUAAGGGGGACGAGCAAUUUCUGGCCAAGAACUAUCGGCCUAUAUCUUUAUUAUGCAUUGUAUCAAAAAUCUUGGAACGAUGUGUGUUCAAUCAUUGUUUCCCCGUACUUUCUCCCAACAUCUAUAACUUUCAACAUGGUUUCAUAAAGGCAGAUCAACGGUAACACAACUUUUAUUGGUUUACCACAGUAUUUUGGACACUCUAGCGGAUGGUCAAGAAGUUGAUGCCAUCCACUUAGAUUUAUCUAAAGCAUUUGAUCGGGUUCCCCAUCGCUUGUUGCUUGAUAAACUAAAAUGCUAUGGAAUUGAUGGUCAACUUUUAGAAUGGUUUGACAGUUACCUUAGCGACAGGUUUCGGCAUGUAGUGCUGGAUGGUGCUUUCAGCGACUGGCUACCAGUGACAUCAGGGGUUCCUCAAGGAUCCAUCCUGGGGCCUCUGUUAUUUGUGAUCUAUGUUAUUGAUAUGCCAAACUACUUAACUAGUAAGUCAAACCUUGCAUUAUUUGCAGAUGACUCAAAGCUCUACAGGCCUAUUACAUCUAUCAAUUCUCGGCAUGAACUACAAGCUGAUCUUCACGGUUUAAAUAAAUGGAGCAAAGAUCAUAAGAUCAUAGCAUGCCAUUUAAUUCUUCAAAAUGCAAAAUUCUUAGAAUGUCAAGGAAGCGGUCACCAUCAAAUUCCACUUACAAUUAUCAGUUAG